UUUAUUUCUGUGGUGAGAAAAAUGGUUUCAGGUGGAAAGACUCACAGUUUUGAAGAGGUUGCAAAUCACAACAAGAUCAAAGAUUGCUGGCUCAUUAUUUCUGGGAAGGUGUAUGAUGUAACUCCAUUCGUGGAUAAGCAUCCCGGAGGGGCCGAAGUCUUGCUUUCGGCGACAGGGAAGGAUGGGACAAAUGAUUUUGAAGAAAUUGGGCACAGUGAUGAAGCCAGAGAAAUGAUGGAAAAGUACUACAUCGGUGUGAUCGACUCUAAAACUGUGCCCGCCAAGCGCACCAACAUUCCCCCCCAACAAACCCCUUACAAUCCCAACGCUAAGGCCUCUGAAUCCCUGGCUAACAUCCUCCGAUUUCUACUGCCCCUCUUCGUCCUCGGCUUCGCUCUUACACUUGGUCUCUACACCAACAAAGACUAGGAAGCAAGGACCUCUCACUAGCUGCUUUCAUCCUUUUUACUUUACAACAAAAACCAUGUUAUAUUUUCCAUUUAGGGGCGUUUGGUUCAAGAAAUGUAAGAUUAUCUUUGGAAACACCAUUACUGGAAUGUAAGGGAAUAUUGUAUUACCUUGUUUGAUUUGUUUAGCAUGAAUAUAAGAUUACAGUGUUUGGUUUGAGGAA